AUGUUCCACUUAGCACAAGGAUUGUAUCGUAGUUGGAACAAGAAAGAACAGUACUCUGUGCUCAUACUGGGUCUGGACAACGCAGGAAAGACGACGUUCUUGGAGCAGCUCAAGUCGCUGUAUCAUCUCUACUCGAAGCCGCUGGACACGAUCGUGCCGACAGUGGGCCAGAAUGUGGCGACCGUUCCGAUGGAUAAAAUGACUCUUUUAAAGUUUUGGGACGUAGGGGGCCAAGAAGCGCUUCGCGCGAUGUGGUCGGAGUACUACAUCCAGUCGCAUGGGAUCAUAUUCAUCAUUGAUAGUACGGAUCGUGAUCGGUUACAAGAGUGCUGUGAUUCGUUACAGUCGAUCAUCACAGACGACGGCGUGGAAGGGAUCCCGAUUCUCAUGCUGGCGAACAAACAGGACCGGCAGGAUAAGAUGGAGCUGCAUGACAUCAAGCAGGUGUUCAACAAGUUGGCCAUGCACCUGGACGCCCGGGACAGCAGGGUGCUGCCCAUAAGUGCGUUGACGGGUGAGGGGAUUCAGAGUGCUGCGGAGUGGUUGCUGGUACGGUUGAAGCGCAACAGGCAGUCGAGGCCUCCGCUUUAUAAGUAG